AUGCCUACUACUACCGCCGAGACCCUCUCAUUAGUGGCGCGUAAUGUCUCGGUGGCUCCUCUCGUCCUCCUUUCUGCCGCAGAUCAUUUUGGUCGGUCGAGUAAAGGCUCCGGUAAAAGGGUCGUCGGCGUUCUCCUAGGCCAGAAUGAUGGCAAGAACGUCAGAGUAUCAAACAGCUUCGCUGUUCCUUUCGAAGAAGACGAAAAGGACCCUUCAGUAUGGUUCUUAGAUCAUAAUUAUGUCGAAUCAAUGAACGACAUGUUCAAGAAGGUCAACGCGAGGGAAAAAUUGAUAGGAUGGUACCACUCUGGUCCAAAGUUACGUGCGUCAGAUCUUGAGAUCAAUGAGUUAUUCAAACGAUAUACGCCCAACCCGCUUCUCGUUAUAAUCGACGUUCAGCCGAAGGAGGUUGGCGUACCCACAGAUGCUUAUUUUGCGGUGGAAGAGAUUAAAGAUGAUGGAACUACGACGACUAAAACUUUUGUCCACACGCCUUCCAUAAUAGAGGCUGAAGAGGCCGAAGAGAUAGGUGUCGAGCAUCUUUUACGCGAUAUCAGAGACAUCGCAGUCGGAACCCUCUCCACCCGAAUUACCUCCCAGCUCCAAUCCUUACAAGGCCUGCACCUUCGCCUCCGAGACAUUGGUACCUACUUACAGAAAGUCACCGAUAAGGAUUUACCGGUUAACCACGCGAUUCUGGCCAAUCUGCAAGACGUCUUCAAUCUUCUGCCGAACUUAAGCAACCCGACUGCAUCGACAUCUGCUGAGUUAGAAGGAAUGAAGGAGAACGGGAAGGAUCAGGGGGCGGAGCUUACAAGGGCGAUGAGUGUGAAGACGAACGAUCAACUCAUGAGUAUAUAUUUGAGUAGUCUGAUAAGGGCCAUUACAGCGUUCCAUGAUCUGAUAGAGAAUAAGAUACAGAAUCGGCAGCAGCAGGAAAGCGAGGGGAAGAAGGAAGGCGAGGAGACGCAGAAGGAGCAGGAAGGAACGAAGGUGGAUGGAGAGGCUAAUGGAAUUAGUGAGGAAGGGAAGGAAGACGAGAAGGGAAAACCGAGCAAGGGUAAAGAUAGAGGAAAGAAAGGCUGA